ACCAUUCAUUUUUAACUUGCGUAUCGGUUAUAGUAUUAAAAGGCUAGAGUUGGUUUUAUCAAAAUGACACGCCUCGUUGCUAUCACCCUUCUGGGAUUGAUUUACGUGCUCUGCGCUAGUGCGCAAGGAAGCUGUUUUGUCCAGGAUUUCGACUACCAAGGAGCUGAUAUCAAGAAAAUAACAAACGUCGACUCUGCCGAAUCCUGUCUUGCUAUGUGCGGAAAACAAACAGGAUGUCUGUCGAUGACGUACUAUGGCACCGACUGCUGGUUGAAGAACCUCAUGUACGGUCAGAACCCCGCCCCAAAAGUUGGAUGUGUCAGCGCUAACCUUGCCUGUCAAGGUGCAAUGAUGAACAACAACUGCGUAAAAACUAACUUCGACUUCUGGGGAGCUGACAUUAAGAAGGUCUCUGGUGUUUCGUCUGUCAUGGAUUGUGUUGAAGAAGCCAGGAAAACCCAAGAUGCAAAGUCUGUGGCGUUUGUUAAGGUCAAUGGAGACUGCUGGGUCAAGUAUUCGGAGAACGGAGCCAGACCUGAAGAUAACGAUCGAGUCGAUAGUGUUGCUUUAUCUUGCCUCGACGGAGUAGCAGCUCAAGUGUCGUCUGGUAAUGACUGUGUUGAUGAAGGAGUUGACUACCGGGGUGCUGAUAUUAAGAACGUUAACCCCAUCUACACUAUCGAGGAGUGUGAAGCGCUCUGCUACGUAGAGGACAGUUGUGUUUCACUUACUCACAGACCAUCGACUCAGGACUGUUGGUUGAAGAGCAAACCUAAUGGUGAAAACGGAAAAUCAGCUCAAGAUACUGUGAACAGUAUCAACUUGAGCUGUUUCCUUGUAAACAGCGUCGAAGAGGGAUGUGUAAAAGAAAGCUACGAUUUCCGUGGAGCUGACAUCAAACGGGUUGAUAACGUAGUGUCCAUAGAGGACUGUUCAGCAUUGUGUGCUGACCAGGCUGGCUGUGUUUCUGUGACCCAACAACCAUCCACCUCCCGGUGCUGGCUGAAGAACAAAGAGUUCGGUGCUGAUCCUCAGGCUAUGGCAGGAGUUAACAGCAGAAAUCUCAAAUGUGGAGAUGUUUGGUGCAUGCACCUGGGUAGUUUCCUUUAUUCUUACGCUUCCCGAACUAAAUAUGUAAACUUGGAGGAUGCUCAAAAAGCUUGCGUGGAAAACGACGCCUGCAAGGGUAUCACCCAGGAACCGUAUAGCAGCAACAAAUAUACUUUGAGACAAGGACCUGUCAUCCACGAUUGGAGUCCUACUAACGAAACAUCGUGGACCCUUUGCUAAUCAACUGAUCAGUCAGUUAUAAGUAUGCAGAACGAAAUGUGAAUGAAUAAUUUCUCGUUAAUAGAACAAUACGAAGCAUCAAAAAUAAAAAAUGUUAGUAAUUUUUAUCUGUUUUAACCGAGAGUUGAUAGGACUUAGUCGUAUUGUUUUUGUAAGAGUUGGGCGGUUUUUUUAGUGAGCAUCAAUAUUAUGAGAAUGUAACCAGAAUUUUAUUUGGUUUUACUUUGAUUUUAAUCAAUAUAUGUCAUAUGUGGCAAUUACAUCGAUGUUCACGUUUUUCCGUCUUAAUUUUUGUUGAUAAAAUGUUUCAUUAUAAGUCCAAUUUACUUGAAAUUAAAACAGCAUCAA